AGUCAAAAAGCUUUGUGUUGUGUUGGAACGUGGAACAUCUUCACUCAACACAUAGAGAAGAUUAACAGAAUUUGUGUCGAUGCCUAAAUCAAGCACUUGGGUCUCUAUUUUCUUCUUGCCUCUAGCCUUCGUCUUCUACCUCUACAGGUACCCUUAUUCUCCAGCCAUCGUGGAACAUUCAUCCAGCUCCAUCUACGACAUCUCCGUUAAGGACAUCGAAGGGAAUGAUGUGAGUUUGAGCCAGUUCACCGGAAAAGUGCUUCUUAUUGUGAAUGUGGCCUCUAAGUGUGGUCUAACACAUGGAAACUACAAAGAGUUGAACAUUUUGUAUGCCAAGUACAAAGCUAAGGGGUUUGAGAUCUUAGCGUUUCCCUGCAACCAAUUUGGCAGUCAAGAACCUGGUAGCAACGAGGAGAUUAAGAAAACUGUUUGCACAAUGUUCAAAGCCGAAUUCCCCGUCUUUGACAAGAUUGAAGUGAAUGGGGAGAAUGCUGCUCCCCUUUACAAGUUCUUAAAAGAACAAAAAGGCGGAUUAUUUGGGGAUUCUAUCAAGUGGAAUUUUGCAAAGUUUCUGGUAGACAAACAAGGAAAUGUUGUGGAUCGAUAUGCUCCAACAACAUCACCUCUUGAAAUAGAGAAAGACAUAGAGAAGCUAUUGGCAUCUGCUUGAACAUAAAAUUUGAAGGUUGAAAGUAAUAGAGAUUAGAUAAAGUGAUGUCUGGAGUCUGGAAUGUGAACAUAUAUCUGUAGUUAGAACUUGGAAUGCAACUUUUGCCAAACGCUUAGGAGCAGUUAGGUCGUAAUAACUCCUCCGAGCUCAUAGGUGGGAACAUAGAAGCAACAGAAUCUUGUGAAAUUAGUAUUACACUCCUAAGGCCAAGAAACAGCAAUAUGUUAUCUUGAAAACACUCAUGGAGAUGGCAAGGAAUAUAAU